AUGGGGAGAAAAUCUAAAGAAUAUUUUAUAAUUAUCUUUUUCCUCCUAUUCCUUACGGUGAAUUGUGAGGACGAGAAGAUAAUAGGAAAAGUUACUUACGAUCAUAAAUCUUUAAUUAUUCACAACAACAGGGAGCUUCUCUUUUCUGGUUCUGUCCAUUAUCCUCGUGUUCCUGUUGAGGAAUGGGAGGACAUCCUCGACAAAUGCAAAGAAGGAGGCUUGAAUGUGAUACAAACUUAUGCCUUUUGGAACGUCCACGAGCCUAUUAAGGGCAAGUAUGAAUUCACUGGCCAAAAUGAUAUUGUGAGGUUCCUUCGACUAGUUCAUGAAAGAGGCAUGUUCGCCACCCUUAGAGUUGGGCCAUUCGUUCAAGCUGAGUGGAAUAACGGAGGAUUACCAUUUUGGUUAAGAAAGGAGUCAAACAUCACAUUUCGUACUGAAAAUGCAAUCUUUAUGAAACUGUCAGAGAAAUGGGUCACAAAGAUUGUAUCCAUUAUGAAGGAAAACAAGUUAUUUGCUUCACAAGGUGGUCCUAUUGUGUUGUCUCAGAUUGAGAACGAGUAUGAUCAUGUUAGAGGAGCAUUCAAAGGAGGUGCAGCCGAAAGAUACAUCCAUUGGGCAGGGCGCAUGGCUCUAGCCCAGAAAACUGGUGUCCCAUGGAUGAUGUGUGAACAAAAAGAUGCCCCUGGUGAAGUGAUCAAUGCUUGCAAUGGAAGACAUUGUGGAGAAACAUUUGAUGGUCCAAAUGCACCCGAUAAGCCAUAUUUGUGGGCUGAGAACUGGUCUACUCAGUACAGAGUUUUUGGAAGGGAUCCUUCUCAAAGGUCCGGUGAAGAUAUUGCCUUUGCUGUGGCACGAUGGUUCUCCAAGAAUGGAAGCCAUACCAACUAUUACAUGUACCAUGGAGGUACAAACUUUGGAAGAACAGGUGCUGCUUUUGCUACCACUCGCUACUAUGAUGAAGCUCAACUUGAUGAAUAUGGCUUGAGAAGGGAACCCAAAUGGUCACACACAAGGGAUCUCCAUUAUGCUAUAAACCUAUGCAAGAAAGCUAUCCUCACCGGGAAAUAUCACGUAGAGGUGUAUAGCAAAAAAUUGGAGGCACGUUAUUACGAGAGGCAAAACCUUUGUGCGGCUUUCUUAUGGAACAACGAGAGUCAUGAGAAAAAAACCAUUAAGUUCAAAGGCAGAGAGUUCACCCUUCCACCUAAGUCUAUCAGCAUCUUGCCUGAUUGCAAGACUGUCGUCUUCAAUACAGACAGUCUGGUAUCACAACAUUCGGCAAGGGAAUUUGUUAGAUCCGAAAAGGCUAACAAGAAACUAAAAUGGGAAAAGACUCAAGAAGGUCUCCCAACUAAAUUUGAUACAUAUUCAAGGAUGCCAUUGGAGCAGUUUCAACAUGUUGAGGACAAAACUGACUAUUUAUGGUACAAAACUAGUGUAGAAUUGGACAGCGUAGACUUACCUUUCAGAAAGUCUCUUAAACCAGUCAUACAAUUUUUCAGUCUUGGUCACUCCUUGCAAGCCUUUGCCAAUGGAAAAUACUAUGGAACAUUCCAUGGAAUCCACAGAGUGCAACCUUUCUUUUACCAAACGGCUUCAUUACUAAAGGAGGGUGUAAACGAAAUAACGGUUUUAAGUAGCACGGUGGGAAUGCCGGAUAGUGGAAGUUAUAUGGAAAAAAGGUGGGCAGGGCUAAAGACCUGCAUCGUCUUUGGUUUAGGUACAGGAGAACUUGAUCUUACUUCCAAUGGUUGGCAUCAUCAGAUUGGUUUACAAGGAGAGAGACUUCAGUAUUUCACAGAGGAAGGAGCAAAGAAUGCAGAAUGGAAACCAGCAAAGGGACCUGGAGAGUACCUUAGUUGGUACAAGACCUACUUUGAUGCCCCAGAUGGAAAUGAUCCAGUAAUUAUCAGGAUGGAGAACAUGACUAAAGGAAUGGUUUGGGUUAAUGGCCGUUCCAUAGGACGUUUCUGGCCAGCUUUUGUUACCAAAGGGAACAAACUACCUUCUCAAGUCGAGUACCGCAUUCCAAGAUCAUACAUGAAGCCAGUAGACAAUUUUCUAGUAGUGUUUGACGAAGAUGGAGGAAAUAUAGACACAGUUCAAAUCGAAACAGUGACUCGAGAUGUAAUUUGUUCCAUGGUGGGAGAGGACUUUCCUCCCCACGUUUUAAGUUGGGUAAGGGAUCCUCGUGACAUCAUUAUUCCAGUUGAGGAGCCAAGGCCUAAAGCAAAUGUCAAGUGCCCUAAAGAUAAGAUCAUUAGCAAAGUUGAAUUUGCUAGCUUUGGAAAUGCCAGAGGAGCUUGUGGCUUCUACAUGCUUGGCAAUUGCACCGCUCCCAACUCCCUUAAGGUUGCUGAGCAGUAUUGCUUAGGAAAGGAGAGCUGCUCGGUUCCAGUUGAUAGGAAUUUAUUCGACAAAACUUGUCCAGAAAUGCAAAACCAAAAACUAACCAUUCAAGUGAGGUGCACCUUCAAGAAAUGAUCGCCAUUACUAACUCUUUUGUAUGUCUAUGAAUUUGAAUAUAAAUAUUAGAUUUAAGGGUUACAUUGCCAUUAAAAAGAAUUAAGUUAUUGAGAAAGUAUAGAUAGUUGUACUACCUUAUUAUGGGUAGAAAAUAUUGUAGCUAAUUAUAACAAGACGUUGUAGUUCAAAU